CACAUCACUUCCGGUGUGACGUCAUAACAGCUUGUGUAAGUUAGGACUGUGUCUUCUAUAAGAUUUGACUUCCCGGCGCUCGGCGACCUGCACAAGGGUCAGGAUCACAGAAGACUGAAGAUGCUUUCGUCUAUGAUCGCAAAAAGAGUCGUGGCUGGGGUCUGCCAGGCAGCGUGGAGGCCGACGGUGAGGGGAGUGGUGCCGUCUCGUUGCUACCGUGGCGACUCACCCGAUGACACAAAGGGCGAUUUAAUUGAGAUUCCUCUUCCUCCAUGGGAAGAAAGGGCUGGUGAGCCACUUGACAUCAAAAGACGCCGCCUGCUCUAUGAAAGUCGCAAGAGGGGGAUGUUGGAGAACUGCAUCUUACUCAGCCUUUUUGCGAAGAGGUACCUGAACACGAUGAGUGCAGCUCAGCUGAAGCAGUACGACAGACUCAUCAAUGAACCAAGCAAUGACUGGGACAUUUACUACUGGGCAACAGAGGCCCAGCCCACUCCAGAGGUCUACCAGGGGGAGGUGAUGGAAAUGUUGAAAGAAUUCACAAAGAACCGUAACCAGGAACAGAGACUGGACGCGCCCAGCUUGGAGUAUUUGGAGAAGGAAAUGUGAUCAGCCCAGGUGGCUCUCUGGAAGGGUCACAUCAGAGAGAAAGACUCAUGACUGCAAUGGGCAAAAGACAACCAUGUUGUUUGCUGUGCCUGUAGAAUUCAAAUCCCUGUCUUCUUAAAUUAAAAAUCAUGGAAAUAGAGGAGUUAUAUAAUGAUACACUGUGAACAGGUGCUUCUCAAUAUGCCUCUUGUGACUAGACAAACGGUAAUUAACUAGUAAAUACUUGUUUUUUUCUGAUGCAGGAAUGUACAUUUUAAUAUCAUCAUUCAGUGUGAUAUAUCUUAGCUGCGACUUUGGUGUGCCGUGGAAGAUGUGGCUCUUGUUUAUUAAAUAUGUAUCGUUUGGCGCUUG